GUACUAACUACUUACCUAGGCUGCUAGGCACAUACAUAUUCUUAUUUGCAAAAGAUCCACCAAAAUUUAAAUUGACUUUCAGCCUUGUUAUCGUUUAUUAUCAAUUAUCAAUUAUCAAUUAUCAAUUCAUUAUCGAUAUCUAUCUCCUACCUACUGACCAUGUACAUCCUGUAGCUACUGCUAACCUAAUACUUGCACACCUUGUACUACCUAGGCAAUAUCUAUUUCUCGGCCGAUCGCGACUGACGACUACAGCUACAGCUACAGCUACAGCUACAGCUACUACUACUUCUCCACCUUGACAAAUGAAGAUUCGAUAGUACCUAUUGCUUUUUGCUUCAACCAACCAACUACUACUUACCUCCCUAAGUCCUUACCUAGGUCUCUACCUAGGAGGCAUCAACAAUGACCGGCGUCGACUCUCCCGCCACUCAUCCUUCACACACCGAACCCCCCACCAAGCGCCGAAAAGUCCACGACGACGAUGGCAGCGCCGCCACCACCCCUGCUCGCUGCUACGACACCCCAGAGAACCCGGACGAGAAACACUCCCUGCGCGUCUCCAUACGCGAGAAGACCCUAGACAGCCGAUCUGUUAGUCGCAGUCGCAGUCGAAGUCGAAGCCGAGACGGGCGACGGGAAACAGACUACUACUCCAGCGACCGCUCGCGUCGCAGCCGUUCAGCCUCGAGCUCGCGGUCGCGGCGUUCGAGCACCGGCAGCAGGUCGACCCGGACGCGAUCCAGGACCAGGACUAGAUCCCCUAGAUCCACAUCACGAUCCAGAACCCACUCCCGCUCUCGCACCCGCUCAGCCCUGGACUCUCGAACCCCUCGCUCCGCGCUCCGCGAUGGCCUCGAAACCACUACUCCCCCACCCUCUGCCCCGUCCGCGCGCCAACCCGUAAGGCCUCACUAUGUCCCCCGCCUCGUGCUAGCGGGUCACUCGCAUGCCAUAUCCCAAGUCCGCAUCUCCCCCGACGGACAGUGGAUUGCCUCGUCCUCCGCCGACGGCACCGUCCGCAUCUGGGACGCCUCCACGGGCCAGCACACCGACACAUUAGUCGGACACAUGGCGGGCGUGUCGGCCGUGGCCUGGGCGCCCGACAGCAAAACGCUGGCGACGGGCUCGGACGACAAGGCCAUCCGGCUCUGGGACCGGGUGACGGGGCGCCCCACGCGCGCGAAGCCAUUGCUGGGCCACCACAGCUACGUGUACUGCCUCGCCUUCAGCCCCAAGGGGAAUAUCCUGGCCAGCGGUAGCUACGACGAGGCCGUGUUUCUCUGGGAUGUUCGUGCGGGCCGGUUAAUGAGGAGUCUGCCGGCGCACAGCGAUCCUGUGAGCGGGAUCGACUUUUGCUGCGAUGGAACGCUGGUGGUGAGUUGCAGUACAGAUGGGCUGACCCGUAUAUGGGACACCGCCACCGGCCAAUGCCUCCGCACCCUCGUGCACGAGGACAACCCCCCCAUAACCUCGGUCUGCUUCGCCCCCAACGGCCGCUACGUCCUCGCCUUCAGCAUGGACUCGUGCCUGCGCCUGUGGGACUACGUUUCCGGCACCGUCAAGAAGACGUACCAGGGCCACGCCAACUCCAAGUUCAGCAUCGGCGGCUGCUUCGGCUCCACACCCCUUCCCUCUGCAAACGGAGAUGUCGGAACUGGUGGCAAUGCUGCUUUCAUCGCCGCCCCCUCCGAAGACGGCGACAUCGUCCUCUGGGACGUCCGCUCCAAGGCCGUCGUCCAGCGCAUCUCCCGCGCCCACGACGGCGUCUGCUUCUGGGUCGAUGUCCACGGACCCACCAUGGUGAGCGCUGGUCAGGAUGGGAAGAUACGGGUGUAUCGACAUCAAGGUCCGGAAGCGGACGCGGGAGUCGAGACGGAGAAGAAGAAGAAGACGAAGAAGAAUGCGGAUGAUAAGAAUGAUAAAAAUGGUGAUGCUGAUGUUGAGAUGGUGGAUAGCGAAAAGAACGACAACGGCAUCGUCAGCGGUGUUGGCGGUGUUGCUGUUGUUAGCGGCGGCGGCGGUGAUGUUGUUGUUGUUGCAGCAACAGCAGGCACAGAGAAAGAAGCAGAAGCAGAAGCAGAAGCAGAAGCAAAUCAGCAGAAACCCAACGGUGUGACAGCAAACCCAAAAGUCGAGGAUGAGGGAAGCGUUCCCCCUUUGAAAGACGAGGAUGUCAAGAAAGAGGAAUAGUGGCAAUAACAGCAGCAGCAACAGCAGUAGUAGUGGUGGUGGUAUUAGUGCAUGGGUUGAUAGAUAGCUGCCUAGCCUAGGUGGGCGGAUGUAUGGAUGGAUGGAGGUGUGGAUGGAAGUGUCUAUAUCUAUCUACCUCAGGUAUGUAGGUAUUUGUUGAAGGUUGAAAGAUGAGAGAAAGGAUGAAGGAAAGAAAGGGACAGAGGGAGGGAAGGGGGAGAAAGAGGCGAUGUGAUGCGAUAGAUACCAUGCCUACCUAUAUAUACCUAAUGGAAAAAGAGUCAUCUCCAGUACCUUAUCCAUCUAAGCAUAAAUAGCAAUAAUAGUG